UGUCUUUUUUUUGCAGUUUGAGUUGGUGAUAAAUUCAUGACAACAUAACGCUUUUAUCAUAGUUCAUCAUUUAACGGAACACUCCAGCGUUCAUUUCUUUCUAAAUUUAUUUCGAGUUAUUUUGAUCAGUAGUUGAAAUGCCAUUCCUCACCGAUCGUGAAUCGCUUCUUUCGCCUAGGCGCGUAAGGCAACAACAAUAUUUACACAGACUUGCCUUAGUCCUUGGUGGUUUUUUCAUCAUUUUUAGCAUCUUUUGGAUAAUUUCAUUCUGUGUAAAUUACAAGUAUAGAUAUAUUGAACCCUCCAUUCUUGCCUGUAAAUCUCCCAAAUACGAUUAUAACUUAUUGGCCAUCCGUUGGACACCGACCUUUUGUUUUGCCAAAAAGUGUGUCAACUCUACAGAAAAUUGGGAUAUUCACGGUCUCUGGCCUAGUUGGACCAAUGGUUCUGAGGGGCCUGAGUUUUGCUGUCGUACAUGGGGCUUUACUAAAACAGAUUUGACCCCAAUUUUACCAGAUUUAGACGAGGAUUGGCCUAACCAAUUAUCAAAUCGGGAUAAAGACAGUCUAUGGAAACAUGAGUGGGACAAACAUGGAACUUGUUCAACCUUAGCUCACUCUGGAGGAUUGAUCAAUUAUUUCAACACUACGAUUACUUUAUUCAAGAAAUAUCCUAUUCAAUCAUGGCUCAGUGAAAAUAAUAUUGUACCAACUCCUCUUACUGGUCCAGCGUAUACUCUUGAACAAAUACAUAAUGCUACUUCAAGUAAACUUGGUAAACGCAUUUCGAUAAGGUGCAUAACUAAAAAGGGCAAACAGUUAAUUGACUCUAUUUAUUUGUGCUUUGAACCAUCAUCCAUGGUUCCCGUUGAUUGUCCUCCUGAUGCCUGCAGAAAGACGAGAUUAAUCUUGCCCCAAGCACACUAAAAAAUGGUUCUCUAAAAUGAGCAUUAACCAUCUCAAGAAUAUCUUUCUGAAAUUUUUAUUCAUCGCUUUUACACGAUUUUUACAACAUUCUAAAUCAACUUAUAAGACUGUUUAACUUGAUAACCUGGCCCUAUGACUCGCUAAAAACUGUAAAUGUCAGAAUUCAUCAGCUCUUUACACUGUGAAUCAUGGACUACAGAUUUGCUUCUUUACUAUUAUCCUUUGAAGCAAUUAACCAAAUAAGUUAUGGUUUAAAUCAUGAAUCGAUCUUGGAAUCUUAGCGUGAAAAAUACAUAUAAUAGUUCUAUGAUAUAUUUUCAAGAAAUCUAAUCUUAUUGAAGAUACUCUUAAUCAACUGACAUCUUCCAUAUCUGAUUUGGUUACCUAUUUAACCAUAAAAGAGAUUGUAAAGUACGAAGUUCAACAAUCAUGAUAUCGAAUUAGUUUACUAUUUACUUUCUGUUGUUGAUAAAAACUAUACAUUAAAUAAGUCAAACAGA